CCAUGUCGAGCACGCAGAAUCCCACCUUUAUUCCCUCCAAGCCUAUCCAGAGCGACUAUCCGCUCAUCGACAAUGACCCGCACUUUAAGCGUGUCGUUCGAUAUGCUCGGCCAUCGGACUAUGCCCACGGCGCUGUCGCCGCUGCCUUCGGACCCGCCGCCCUCCUGACCCUCGAGCGAUUCGCCCCUUCACAUGUAGGCAAGGGCGGUUUCCCCCCGGCCAUGCGUCUCGUUACUGCUAUCGGCCUUACCGGCGGUUUCCUCUACUUCUACCAGCGCUCAGCUCUACGGUUUUACGGAGCCACCGAGAACGCCCGCGAGGUCGAGAUGGAUAUGCGCGAGAUGGUUGACAAGGUCAAGGCCGGCGAGCCGCUAUACGGGGAGAGCUCCCUGACGCCGCACAUGCAGGGUGUUGCCGCUCGGCAGUCACGCUACUCGGCUCUCUUCAUGGGCGUCGUCCCGUGGUUCAACUUUGUCAACCACAACCAGCAUGGUGUCGAUACGGCCAAGUACUACCGGCAGGCGGAGAGGGAACUCGAGGCCGAGAGGCAAGCGAAGAACGCAUAGAGUGAGGU